GACACGCGAUACGGUGUCAAAACCAGGCUUCUCUUUUAGAGAAUGAUUUAUCGUGAUGCGCAGCUGGCGGCUACCGUAACUUUUUACAUCCCAGGAACAGAACCGUAGAGCGACGGUGACAGGAAAACGCGCUAGUCCCCCUGAGCCGGAGUGUGUGAAUAAAAAGCGUCGGCCAAAGCCCGGUGCACGGCCCGGAAAUUAAUACUAUUGAUUGAGAGGAUCAGCUCACUCGCAGCCAGGGAGACCGGAGAAGAAGUGAGUGCCUGUCACCGCUAUGCAGCAAGUUUUGGACAAACUCACUGAUCUACCCUGUUCUACAGGAGCUGAGGAAAUCGAUAUUAUUUUCUUAAAAGGAAUAAUGGAAAACCCCAUUGUAAAAUCUCUUGCUAAGGCACAUGAGCGUCUAGAAGAUAGCAAGCUGGAAGCUGUUGGCGAAAAUAAUGUGGAACUACUAAAAGAAAUUCUAGAAGAUAUCAGCCCUUUAGUUAACAAAGAUAAGAAUGUUGAAGAGUUAUUUGCUAUCCUUAAGGAGCCGCAUUUUCAGUCUCUUCUAGAAGCUCAUGACAUAGUUGCUUCCAAAUGUUAUGAUUCCCCACCUUCAAGUCCAGAAAUCAAUAAUUCAUUAGUCAACAAUCAGAUUGCGCCGGUUGAUGCCAUUCGCAUGGUUGGUAUCCAUAAGAGAGCAGGGGAACCCUUGGGAGUUACAUUUAAAGUGGAAAAUAACAAUUUGGUAAUUGCUCGAAUCCUUCACGGUGGGAUGAUUGACCGACAAGGCCUUCUCCACGUGGGUGACAUUAUUAAAGAAGUCAACGGACAUGAAGUUGGAAACAACCCAAAAGAGUUGCAAGAAUUGUUGAAGAGUAUUAGUGGCAGUGUUACUCUGAAAAUACUACCCAGCUAUAAAGAUACAUUUACCCCACAGCAAGUAUAUGUGAAAUGUCAUUUUGAUUACAAUCCUUUCAAUGAUAAUUUAAUCCCCUGCAAAGAGGCAGGGUUAAAGUUUUCCAAAGGAGAAAUUCUUCACAUUGUUAACAGAGAAGAUCCAAAUUGGUGGCAGGCAAGCCACGUGAAGGAAGGAGGAAGCGCAGGUCUUAUACCCAGUCAGUUCCUGGAAGAAAAGAGGAAAGCAUUUGUUAGAAGAGACUGGGAUGGUGCAGGGCAGUUUUGUGGUACAAUUACAAGCAAGAAAAAGAAAAAAAUGAUGUACCUCACAACAAGAAAUGCUGAAUUCGACCGACAUGAAAUUCAAAUAUAUGAAGAAGUAGCUCGAAUGCCUCCAUUUCAAAGGAAGACAUUAGUUUUAAUAGGAGCUCAAGGAGUGGGACGUAGAAGCUUGAAAAACAGACUUAUUGUCAUGAAUCCAGCCCAUUUUGGAACAACGGUUCCGUUCACUUCACGCAAGCCAAGAGAAGAUGAAAAAGAUGGGCAUGCAUACAGAUUUGUAUCCAGGUCAGAAAUGGAAGCAGAUAUAAAAGCUGGACGAUACUUGGAACAUGGAGAAUAUGAAGGCAAUCUUUAUGGGACCAAGAUAGACUCCAUACAUGAAGUUGUAAUGACCGGAAGAACAUGUAUAUUAGAUGUAAAUCCACAGGCAUUGAAAGUGCUAAGGACAUCUGAAUUUAUGCCAUACGUAGUGUUUAUUGCGGCUCCUGAGCUGGAGACUCUCCGUGCGAUGCACAAAGCUGUUGUGGACGCGGGAAUCACAACCAAGCUUCUUACCGAUACAGAUCUGAAGAAAACAGUUGACGAGAGUGCCCGGGUUAUGAGAGCCUACAACCAUUACUUUGACCUGACAAUUGUGAAUGAUAAUUUAGACAAAGCCUUUGAGAAGCUGCAGGCAGCAGUAGAGAAGUUAAGGCUGGAGCCGCAGUGGGUUCCCAUUAGUUGGGUGUACUGACUUGUUUGCUGAGCUAGUAUUUUAUUAAGAGACAAAGACACCAUUUACAAUGAGUUCAUACACUGAGCGAGGAGACCUGCUCUGGUGUCUUUUUUUUCCCCAUUUACCCCAGUUAAAGGAUCGUACACUGUUCUGAAUUUUUAUAUAACACUUUGAAGGGAAAGUGUACAUAAAUAUGUAAUUUAUUUUAAUUUUUAUAACUUUUUACAGAUAAUCUUUUUAUUCAUAAUACGUGAAAGAAAUGCGUUAAAGCAUUUUUUUUAUUUCAAUUGGGUACGUUUGCCUUUCAUCCAAGAAGGUUUGUCAUUUGCAUUAACAUUUGGUCUUACAUUUUCACUGUGAUAUAAAGCAUACUUGAAAUAAUUUUGUAAAUCUUUGCUGUUUGAUACAUGAAUGAAUUAAAACGAAUUUGUAUGAGUUAGGGGAAUAGUACCUUUUAGUAAGAUAUACAAUAAAGAGAACUCAAGUCAAUGUAAACCAUUGUGGUAUGACGCCAUGUAUGUUGUAUUCUCAUUGAUAAUCUAGUCGCUGCCAUACGUCUGAGAUGUGCCGCAGAGCAAUACAUGAAGAGCCCUUGGCCUGGCUGUCUGCCUAGCAGCUUCUCAGGGGCAGCGCCAUUAGGUACACAAAAGACAUGGCACAUUCAGUCAAUUUUGUUCAUUUAACGAAAUCUCGUAAUAGCAUUUCUUAGCCUUUUCUCGGUUAGGUACUAUAUCAUAUUCCGCCUACUAAGUGUUCCAAUACUAAGCUUUUGCACAACAGGUACCCAUAAUUGUUUUCUAUGAAAAAAGUAGGUUGUAAAGUACCGACUUAAGUUUCUGAAAGGGUACAUGUACAAUAUGUUUGAUUAAACAAUGAUCUCAUAUUGAGCUGCUAAUGCAGUGUAUUAGCAAUUUUGCCUGAGUCUACAGCUAUUAUUCAGUGGAAACUUAGAUAAAAUAUUUAUCAAGAACGCAUACAGUGGACCAUACUGAAAAAAAGCACCAGUUAUCCGUGUGCGUUUUCCUUACACGUGUGAAAGCUAAACAGUGUUCUGUUAGCAGAUUUUAUCCAGCGUUAUAUAUUGUGUGUUUUUCCAUAAAAAACUAUAGCUAAUGAAAGUGAAAAUGAUAUGUAUGAGAGUUGGAUACUAUAUCUGACCUUUGGGAUUAUACGUGUAGUUGUGCAGCUGCCUGGAAAGUUUUUGUUUUUAUGUCUUUACACUUUAUAUUAAGUGCUCAAUAACGCACACAGAAAAUAAUUGCCUCUCUGAAGGACAACAGGUGAUCUCCAAUGCCCUUUAAGACUUUGAAUACAGAUUUGAUGUAUAUUUGGAGAUGUCUCCCAGGCAAAUGAAUCUGAGGUAUUACUUCACUGAUGAUGGGUUUGGGUUGCUGUGAAUCAAGUACACUUUGAAGACACUAUUUAGUAGUUAAAAGAAAAA